AUGUACCAAAACACACGGAAACACAUUCUAUCCUCUUAUCCCAAUGUAGUCAAAUUGAUCAUGAAUGACCUUCAGUCUCUCCGUCAAGUUGGUGUUGCACUGGACACUCUCCGCUGCCAUGGUAUCAUCCUUGCACGCCUGCAAUGCUCCAUUCCUGAAAUUUUUGAGCCUGUUGCCAAGGAUGGUUCUUGCUUCCGCUGUACUGAGAAUUGGGUGAAGGAGUUUCUUUAUGAACACCUCAGUUGGAGCUUCCGCAGGGCAACACGUGCCACACAAAAAACACCACCCAAUGUUGAUCAGAUUCUCCUCAACCAGUUCCUCCAUCUGUCACUCCCAAUUCAUAACUGCGCAAUCUUCGAUGCUGUGUUCACUGUCAAUAUUGACCAAACAAAUAUUGUCUAUCAACCAUCAAACACCUCGACUUUCGAAACAACUGGCUCAAAGCAAGUCUCUGUGAUUGGGCAGGAAGAAAAAUGA